GAGGAUUGUGAUUAUAUUGGGUCUGAUCUUAGAUCGGCUGUGAUCUGCAGGGAUGCUUUAGGAUUUUGGAGUUUUCUCACUAAUCUUGUGCGGCAGUGGAUUUGCGGGGAGUCACUUUCUUUGUUGAUUGAGGAUUAUGGUUUAGCUUCUUUGGGAUCCGGGAAUCAGUGGGAGGUGAUCGUAUCUCUGAUUGAUUGGAUAUUAAUAGUUGGGUUCUUCCGAUUCUUGCUUUCUUUCUUUGGUUUUGUUCUAGAGGCUAUUCAGAGUUUUGGGUAUCUUUGGCUGCGACUGCGUUUGAUUUUGAGAUUUGAAAUGGGUAACCAGAGAUUCAAGAGGUUGUUGAUGGGUAUCGGCACGGGAUUUUGCCUAUCGUAUAUGUUAAGGGUCGCAUCUCAGGAUUUGGGAAUCGCAUACAUCCUCGGGGAAGAUAUUCAUUAUUUGGGAAUCCUACAGAUAUAUCUUCCAUAUUUGGUUUAUCUGAUCCGAUUGAUUUGCUGGUGGUUGUGUCUUUAUAAAGACUUUAUGGGAAUCAUUGAGUUGAGGCAUCACUUUCUCGGUUCUCUUUCUUUCAUUUUUCUAUCGGUUCUUUUUUCUCAGAUUAUUGAAUGUUUGAGGGAGUGUUCUUGGGUAGCGAUGUCACGACCUCCUCCUCAAGGCCAGGAUCUUGAGGUGACCGGUACUAUCCGGAAAGCCCAGGAAGGGGUAAAGGGUGGUCACGGUGGGGCCAAGCCACCAAAGCCAAAUAUUGUUUGAUGAAUAUAUUAAGUUGGAAUUGUCAGGUCUCGGAAAUAAGGUCACUAUUGAGAAUCUUAGAGAUUUAUGGAAUAAACAUAUGCCAGAUUUUUUUAUUUCUUAUGGAAACAAAACAAUCUUUUUCUCAUUUGAAAAAAUUUAUAGGUGAUUUUGGCUAUAAUAAUUUAAUAACAGUAGAUCCUGUGGGUUGUAAACGGGGAUUUGAUUCUGUUUUAUAAUAAAGAGAUUUUUAAUGUUUCAA